UUCAUAGGGGGUAGAAUUCGUGGAGACUUUUUAUCGACAGGCUCGUUCGCAUCGAUGAAUGGAAUGAUAUAAGAUGUAAAAGCCUUGACUUGGGAAUGGAAACUAGUGCCAGGAUUGUGCUUUUAGUCUGAAUCUGUAGAUUAAACGUGAGGGUAGUUCGCAUAUAAAUCCAAAUCAAAUUUGAAGUGUUUUUGUGUGAGGAGCGGAAGCUACUUAGCCGUUAGCCCAAGUACCAAUCAGGCUAAAAAAUCGAGCUAGUCAGCGCUGCUCUGGAAAACCCAAAGCAAAAAUGGUUGAAACAAUAUUUGACCUCCCGGUGGAAAAACAAAUAUUUUAUGCUGUCUUGGGGUUCUCAUGGACAGUGUAUCUUUGGGAAGCAUACUUGUCUUAUAGACAGAGGAGAAUAUAUAGGUCAACAACACAUGUGCCACAGGAGCUAGGGAAGAUCAUGGACUCUGAAACCUUUGAGAAGUCACGCCUUUAUCAACUGGAUAAAAGCAACUUCAGCUUUUGGUCUGGUCUCUAUUCUGAGACUGAAGGGACGCUGAUCCUGCUACUGUGUGGAAUCCCAUUUCUGUGGGGUGUCGCUGGUUCUGUGACAGUUCGCUUCGGAUUUGGUCCAGACUAUGAGAUCACCCAGUCCUUGGUGUUUCUGACACUUGCCACCCUGUUCAGUGCCUUAACUGGACUUCCCUGGAGUUUGUACAACACAUUUGUCAUUGAGGAGAAGCAUGGCUUUAAUCAGCAGACACUGGGGUUCUUCCUCAAGGACGCUGUGAAGAAGUUUGUUGUGACCCAGUGUAUUCUACUGCCUGUGACCUCACUGCUCCUGUACAUCAUAAAGAUCGGUGGAGACUACUUCUUCAUCUAUGCUUGGCUCUUUACCCUGGCUGUUUCUCUGGUGCUUGUAACCAUCUAUGCUGAUUACAUUGCUCCCCUGUUUGACAAGUUCACUCCAUUGCCAGAAGGAGAGUUAAAGACAGCAAUUGAGACUAUGGCCAAAAGUAUAAGCUUUCCCCUCACUAAAAUUUAUGUAGUUGAAGGUUCCAAACGUUCAUCACACAGCAAUGCAUACUUCUAUGGCUUCUUCAAGAACAAGCGCAUUGUGCUGUUUGAUACUCUGUUGGAAGACUACUCUCCUCUGAACAAGGCUGGAGAGCCACAACCCGAGCAGCCAGAGAGUGAUGAGACACCCACCGACACAAAAACCAAGCCCAAGAACAAGAAACAAGGAUGCAACAACCUUGAGAUCCUUGCAGUUUUGGGUCAUGAGCUUGGCCACUGGAAACUCGGUCAUACUGUCAAGAACAUUGUGAUCAGUCAGAUGAAUUCCUUCCUGUGUUUUUUCCUGUUUGCUGUUCUGAUUGGACGCAGGGAGCUAUUUGUAGCUUUUGGAUUCAUUGACAGCCAGCCCACAUUAAUAGGAUUGAUGAUUAUCUUCCAGUUCAUCUUUUCUCCAUACAAUGAGCUCCUGUCCUUCUGUCUGACAGUCCUGAGUCGCAGGUUUGAGUUCCAGGCAGAUGCCUUUGCACGUAGUAUGGGUAAAGCCUCAGAGCUCUACUCUGCUCUUAUCAAGCUCAACAAAGACAACUUGGGCUUCCCCGUUGCAGACUGGUUGUUCUCCAUGUGGCACUAUUCCCAUCCUCCUCUUCUCGAGCGCCUCAGAGCGCUGGGCAACGUCAAGCAAGACUGACGGGGCUGGAAGGGGGAGCGGCGACCGCUGCCUCCUCCGAAGGGCCUCCGCAGACCUCUACUGGCCCUGUGAUGCACCCUGAUCAUUUUCUUCCCAUCUGUCCCCCACCAUCUAGUUUUAUCUUAUUUUAGCUAUUCCUUUACUUGCCAUUGAUUUCCAUUUUGUUCCCUUUGAAUCUUUAACAACAAAACCAAAACACAUCAGCACGAGGCAGCCUAGAAAUUGUUGGCCUUUACUCUCACUUUCUCUUCAAACACCUAUUACGCAAUUGCUGUGAGCAAUAUAUCUGGACAAUGCUUGUUUUUAAAGAAAGAAAAAGUCAUUAUACUGGUCUGUUUUCUUCUGAUUGGGUUGAUAAUUUUGUUUAAGAAAUGUACAUUUCAAAUAAAUAGUUCUUUAUGAUUUCAAGAGGUAAGAAGGAGUAAAGAAAGUUAAGGGAAAAAAAAGUUUUCUGGUCUGUAGACGUUACUGUUGUGAUGCUGACAUACAUCCAACUACUGAUGAUAUAGAAGAAUAUUUUUUUAUUAAUGCUUUUGAGAUGCACAGGCCAGAUUUAGUUUUGUCCCCCAAGCUGUGUUUUUAUAUUUUGUUAGAGGAACUGUGUAGAUGCUCGGUCACCAUUACACUUUGAGUGCCUCUAAUCAUCUGUUUUUGUGUUAAAAGUGAACAUUUAUUUGACGUUAAACUAAAUUUUUUUUUACAAGAUUUGAGGAAAUUGAGGUUAUUUUAUUUUUUCUUAAGCUCUUGCUCGACUUCAAGAGUCCAAGCAUACCUGUAUAUAUGUAUUUUUGAUGAUUAGAGUUAAGAUGUAUGAAGUGAAUUGUAAAAACAUUGAAUGUGGUUUAAUUUUAAUUUGACACAAUGUUUAGUUUCUUCUAUCAAUUUUGGUCCUGCCUGGCAAGUAAAGUAUUUAUUGGGGACUUUGGAGAGGAGGCUGAUAAGGUUCCUUUCACCACAUGAGCCAGAUUUUGGUUUGUUCAAAGAGGGAGGGUGUGCUUUCUUUGCUGCGUUGAUUAAAAUCCUACAAAGCA